GAAUUAAUUUAUUUUUUUGCCUAUCAGUUGUGAGUUUGGUUUUUCUAAUAAGCGUCCGAAAUUGUACACCCUUGUAAAGUAAAUCGAAAUAAGAAGGAUGUCAUAAUGUCCGUGACUUUUCACACAGAUGUUGGGGACAUCAAAAUUGAAUUAUUCUGCGACGAUUGUCCAAAAGCAUGUGAAAAUUUUUUGGCCUUGUGUGCCAGUGACUACUACAAUGGCUGUGCAUUCAUACGCAACAUCAAAGGAUUUAUUGUACAAACCGGAGAUCCCACAAACACAGGAAAGAAUGGCCAGUCUAUAUGGGGCCACAAGUUUGAAGAUGAGUUCAAGGAUCAUUUGAAGCAUUCUGAUCGCGGAAUGUUGUCUAUGGCAAAUAAUGGUCCCAACGCAAAUGCCAGCCAGUUUUUCUUUACAUAUGCUGCCCAACCUAACUUGGACUUAAAAUAUACACUAUUUGGUCGAAUAAUAGAUGGAUUUGAUGCUUUAGAUGAAUUGGAAAAAUUACCAGUAAACCCCAAAACCUAUCGGCCUCAUGUAGAAAAGAAGAUUAAUGGUAUAACGAUACACGCUAAUCCUUUAGCCGGUUGAAUGAUUAUAUACAUAUGUAUAUAUGAUGAACGAGAAUGUCUUAAUGGAACAACAAUACAUACAUAUAUCUUUGACAAAUCACAUUGACAUUGUUAUUUUGUUCCAUAUGUUCAAUUUUUACGAGACUUUUUUAAAAAUAUAACUUUAAUAAUAACAAAAACAA